CAUGGAGGGCAGGCGUUAUUAUCCCCCGGUCCCAGUUUUCCCCGCACACCGGCAUUUCCGCACGUCACUUCCGGCCGGGCGCCCGCAUCGGCCAGGAUCGGAGGUGCUUGCAUACUUUAUCUGGCCGCCGCGGACCUUGUUGGACCCGGUCUGGAUCUUGAGCCACAUGGUCGAGAUCUUGUCGGACGGCACACUUACAACAGCAGGACAGCAGCAGCCAUGGCAGUGGAAAGCACGACGGACGCGGCGGGCCGCAGCCCAUCAGAGCUGAGCAUUGCCAUCAUCGGCGCGGGCAUGGGAGGUCUUGGAUGUGCAUUGGCCCUGGCCAAGAAGGGCUUCACGGACAUCCAGGUCUACGAGACGGCAUCCAACCUCGGCUUUGUGGGUGCCGGCAUCCAGAUGGCGCCCAACCUCGUCCGCAUCCUCACCCGCUGGGACUGCUGGGACAAGAUUGCCGCCGAUUCGACAGACGUUCGUGAGACGAGCAUCAGAGAUGGAGCCAGCAACACUGAGCUGACCCACGUCGACAUGGGCAACAUCCGUGACAAGUAUGGCUUCCCCCACUGCACCGGACACCGCGCCUCCCUAGCCGGCGGGCUCUACGACGGCUGUCGGAAGGAGUCGGCCAUCACGUUCCACUUUGGCCACGCUCUGGUGAGCGUCGACACGUUCAGCCCCAAGCCGACCUUCACUAUUCAGACUCGCGACUCCCGCACGAGGCAGGUCACUGCCGACGUCCUUGUUGCUGCUGACGGAGUCAAGUCCCUGACUCGGAACGCGCUGCUCUCUCAGCUGGGGCUGGCAGCCGAGGCCGAGCCCACAGGCCAAGCCGCCUACCGCGUCAUGCUGCCCCGAGAAAAGAUGGAGUCAGACCCGGACAUGAUGGCUCUGCUCGACAGCAACCAGGUCACUCGCUGGAUCGGCGAGCGGCGGCACUGGAUCGCGUACCCGAUACACGGCCGGCAGAUAUACAACAUGAGCUCGAUUCAGCCCGACGUCAACUUCGAGGCGCCCUCCCUCUCGGCUACGUACACGACCAAGGGUUCAAAGUCGGCCAUGCUUAGCGUCUUUGACGACUUCUGCCCCUUGGUCAAGAAGAUGCUCGACCUCGUGCCCGACGGCGAGGUCUGCGAGUGGAAGCUGCACGUGCACAAACCCCUUCCAACAUGGUCGCACGGGAGCGUGGCUCUUCUAGGCGACGCUUGCCACCCAACGCUGCCGCAUCUCAACCAGGGGGCCGCCAUGGCAAUCGAGGACGGCGCCGUGCUCGCCGAGGUAUUGGCCAGAGUGCCGCUGCCUGCAUCAGACUCGAUGGGUGAGCAGACGGCCCGCGCGAUCAGCAAAGCCCUUGCUGUGUAUGAGGAGCUCCGCAAGGAGCGAACCUCGACGCUCGUGGACCUGGCUGCCUUUUCCGGCCGAACGCUGCAUCUGGGCGAGGGCAAGGCCAAGGAGGAGCGCGAUAGGCAGUUUGCAGAGGCCAAGAAGAACGGUGGCAAUGUCCCUGACAAGUGGGCGUCGCCCGAUGUGCAAAAGAUGAUUUACACGCAUGACUGCAUGCAGGUUGCGGCCGAGAGGUUUCAGGAGCUUUAUUGUGCUGCGACAGCAGAAUCCUGAGCAUGAGACGAGAGAGUCAGAGAAAAUGGGCUCCAUCUCUGUACGAUGCCGGGGUGAUAGCUCGAAAGCAACAGAGUCACUGCAUCAAACCCUAGUAGUCGCCGCUCUGCCUGCCUUCUCAGAGACAGAGGAAUAGUGUUUCUGUCGCACCAGAUAGUCUAUCAAAACAAAUGAGCAUUUCUAAGGAGUCAUCCAUGACAAUACAAGAAUAGCUUAGUCAGGUCGGCGAACUUUGGGCGUCAUCGACCCC